AGGAUCGGAGCCCCAUUCCAUUGUCGAACUAGUUGGCGACCCGUACAGAAAGUCCUUGAUCAUUGCCACCGAGAAGGGCGUUUGGCGCAUGUCGAUUGAGGGCGAUGUUCUGGCAACAUUCACUCCGCACCACCACCAUCCGGAUCUUCCAUCCGGAUUUGCCACGGUCAGCGCAGUGAGGUGGAAUUCAGAAGACGGUAGCCGGCGUGUUCCUGGAAUCUCGCGGGCACCGUCUAGAUCUGAGUCGGAUGUUGCGCUGAACAAAUUGGCUGCAAACAGCGAUCGGGCAGUCACCAAGGAGAGCAGCACCGUGCUGCGCCUAAACCUCUCACAUGCGGCUCCGCCGUCAGCAAUGUCGACGAACGAGGUCGAGACACGGUUGCUGCUGGUUGGCGAUGCGGCAGGCAGCUUGUGGAUGUUCGACUCGGACGCAACUGGGAUUGCGACACCAAUAAGGGCAUGGCCGCGGCUGCACCGCUUCGCUGUUUCUGCACUGAGCAUCAACGGAUGCAUGAUUGUGUCGGCAGCACGCAAUGGCCAGGUGUUUAUUAUCGACCCGCUUACUGGACAGCCUCUGCGGGCGAUGCGCUGCCGUGGCGGUGGCCGAGGCGACCGCCGGAACAGACGCCGGCGAGAGCACCAACAACCAGGCGGACGAUCACCCAGCAGCAGUUGCUGAUCGCGGGCCGCGGCGUCUCGACCCGUGGUUCUGGUCGAUCCACCCAGCGGUGAUGAACAGCGAGACUCGCAACGACAUAUUCCUGGCGCAGCUGCUGGCCUCGCGGACAUCCGAGC